AUGGACAGGGUUGUAGAUUAUGGAAAUCCAGAUUCUUCUACAGGCAAGGAUGGAUUAGAUCCUGGGAUAAUAUCCUUCUCUAUGUGCAGAAAAACUAAGCUUGUGAUGGAUAGACCAAUGAAGAGGGAGAUCACCAAACUGUCUCCUUCUAUGCUGGUCCUGAACUUGGAAGUUGACAAUCUCCAACAAGACAUAAACAGCUAA